GUAGACAUGGCCAGUCAAGUUGCAGUCCGUUUUGUGGAUAAUGUCAACAUGGCCCAGUGGAAUCAGUUACAGCAGUUGGAGACGCGGUAUCUGGAGCAGCUGUAUCACCUGUACAGUGACAGCUUUCCUAUGGAGCUGAGGCAGUUCUUGGCCCCCUGGAUUGAGAGCCAGGACUGGGCGUAUGCGGCCAACAAGGAGUCUCACGCCACGCUUGUGUUCCAUAACCUGCUGGGGGAGAUCGAUCAGCAGUACAGCCGCUUCCUGCAGGAGAACAAUGUCCUGUACCAACACAACCUGCGGCGCAUUAAACAGCAUCUGCAGAGCAAGUAUCUGGAGAAGCCCAUGGAGAUCGCCCGCAUCGUGGCCCGCUGCUUGUGGGAAGAGCAGCGUCUGCUGCAGACGGCCACCACUGCACAGCAGGAUGGCCAGGUUGCCCAUCCCACUGGCACUGUGGUGACAGAAAAACAGCAGAUACUAGAACACAACCUGCAGGAUAUUAGGAAGAGAGUACAGGAUAUGGAGCAGAAGAUGAAGAUGUUAGAAAAUCUGCAAGAUGAUUUUGACUUCAACUACAAAACUCUUAAAAGUGCUGGAGAGUUGUCCCAGGACCUGAAUGGAAACAGUCAGGCAGCAGCCACCAGGCAGAAGAUGUCUCAGCUUGAGCAGAUGCUGAGCGCUCUGGAUCAGCUGAGGAGGCAAAUAGUGACUGAGAUGGCAGGGUUGCUGUCUGCCAUGGACUUUGUGCAGAAGAAUCUGACAGAUGAAGAACUGGCUGACUGGAAGAGGAGGCAGCAGAUCGCUUGCAUUGGAGGACCACCGAACAUCUGCCUGGACCGCUUAGAGACAUGGAUCACCUCUUUGGCUGAGUCGCAGUUGCAGAUAAGACAGCAGAUCAAGAAACUGGAGGAGCUUCAACAGAAGGUCUCAUACAAAGGAGAUCCGAUUAUUCAACACCGCCCAGCUCUGGAGGAGAAGAUUGUAGACCUGUUCCGCAACCUCAUGAAGAGUGCAUUUGUUGUUGAGAGGCAGCCUUGUAUGCCCAUGCACCCUGACCGACCACUUGUCAUCAAAACAGGAGUUCAGUUCACCACCAAAGUCAGGUUACUUGUGAAAUUCCCAGAGUUGAACUACCAGCUGAAAAUCAAAGUGUGUAUUGACAAGGAGUCAGGUGACGUGGCAGCCAUUCGAGGUUCACGAAAGUUCAACAUCCUUGGCACCAACACGAAGGUGAUGAACAUGGAGGAAUCCAACAAUGGCAGCCUGUCAGCAGAGUUCAAACAUCUGACUCUUCGAGAGCAGAGAUGUGGCAAUGGAGGCCGAACCAACAGUGAUGCGUCUCUGAUAGUGACCGAAGAACUGCACCUGAUCACAUUUGAGACAGAAGUCUACCACCAAGGACUAAAGAUCGACCUUGAGACACAUUCUCUCCCAGUGGUGGUCAUCUCUAAUAUCUGUCAAAUGCCAAAUGCAUGGGCGUCCAUCCUGUGGUACAACAUGCUGACCAACCAUCCCAAGAAUGUGAAUUUCUUCACCAAACCUCCAGUAGGAACGUGGGAUCAGGUAGCUGAGGUGGUCAGCUGGCAGUUUUCAUCCACAACCAAGAGAGGACUUACCAUUGAGCAGCUCACCACACUUGCAGAGAAACUUCUGGGUCCUUGUGUAAACUACUCUGGUUGCCAGAUAACAUGGGCCAAGUUCUGCAAAGAGAACAUGGCAGGAAAAGGUUUCUCAUUCUGGGUGUGGCUAGACAACAUUAUCGACCUAGUGAAGAAAUAUAUUUUGGCUCUAUGGAAUGAAGGAUAUAUUAUGGGCUUCAUCAGUAAAGAAAGAGAGAGGGCAAUCCUGAGCCCAAAGCCUCCUGGGACAUUCCUGCUGCGCUUCAGUGAAAGCAGCAAAGAGGGAGGCAUUACCUUCACCUGGGUUGAGAAGGACAUCAAUGGUAAGACCCAGAUCCAGUCGGUUGAACCGUACACUAAGCAGCAGCUCAACAGCAUGUCUUUCGCCGAGAUCAUUAUGGGCUACAAGAUCAUGGAUGCCACCAACAUCCUGGUCUCGCCGCUGGUCUACCUCUACCCUGAUAUCCCCAAAGAGGAGGCGUUUGGCAAGUACUGCCGCCCUGAGGCCCAUCCUGAUACCGAAUUCCCUGAUCCUGGAUGUGUAGUUCAGCCUUAA